AUGCUUGAGAGGCGCGUGAAUAGCUGCUAAAGGCAGUGUUUUCUCCACGAUUGCCAACAUAUGCUUAUUGUUCUGCGACAUCGUACGCAACUUACUUCAGUUCAGACCAGUUCAGACCUUCAGACCUCGUUCGUCUUGUGGAAAUUGGCGGGAAGCACAUUCGCCUCUCAGAAAAUGUCUGUAUGACGCAGUUAUCGGUUUCACGUGCAUGACAUUUCGCCGACAUGGGUAUUUUAGGCUUGUCAAAGUUAAUAGCGGACAUUGCUCCGGAAGCUAUCAAAGAGCGAGAAUUGAAGCAUUACUUCGGUCGCAAGAUAGCUAUCGACGCAUCCAUGUGUUUGUAUCAGUUUCUUAUAGCUGUGCGCAGUGAAGGAGCCCAGCUCACGACCGUAGAUGGCGAAACAACCAGCCAUUUAAUGGGUACAUUUUAUCGUACCAUACGCUUGGUGGAGCAAGGAGUAAAGCCUGUGUACGUAUUUGAUGGAAAACCACCAAAUCUGAAAAGUGGAGAAUUAGCCAAAAGAGCUGAAAGGAGGGAUGAAGCACAGAAACUCCUGCAGGCUGCUGAAGAAGAUGGAAAUGUGGAAGCUAUAGACAAGUUUAAUAGGAGAUUGGUUAAAGUUACGAAAACUCACGCUGAGGAAGCUAAAGAAUUACUUCGGUUAAUGGGCAUACCUUAUAUUGAUGCUCCUUGCGAGGCCGAAGCUCAGUGUGCCGCUUUAGUGAAAGCUGGUAAAGUUUUUGCUACUGCUACGGAAGAUAUGGACGCACUCACUUUUGGCUGCAAUGUGCUACUACGACGCUUAACCUUCAGCGAAGCCAGGAAGUUACCCGUACAGGAGAUUCAUUUCGAUAAAGUUCUAGCGGGUUUGGAGCUGAAUCAUGAUGAGUUCAUUGACCUCUGUAUUAUGUUGGGAUGUGAUUAUACAAAUAGUAUCAGAGGCGUUGGCCCAAAAAGGGCAAUAGAGUUGAUAAAAAAUCAUAGAAACCUUGAAAAGAUUAUUGACAAUAUAGAUACCAAGAAAUAUCCCAUACCGGAAGAUUGGAAUUACAAAGAGGCAAGAUUAUUGUUUCAAGAACCAGAAGUAUCGAAUCCAGAUGACAUUCAGCUAAAAUGGUCCGAACCAGAUGAAGAAGGUCUGGUGAAGUAUUUAUGUGGUGACAAGCAGUUUAACGAAGAACGGGUUAGAAAUGGAGCAAAGAAACUUCACAAGGCCCGAAAUACGUCCACGCAGGGCCGAUUGGACUCGUUCUUCAAAGUUUUGCCAAACUCGACUCCGACUCCAAAAAGGAAGGCGGAAGAAAAAAAGACACCGGCUAAAAAGACGAAGGCAGGUAACAGCAAAUUUCGCGGUAAAGCAAAGUGAGAGUAAUUUUACAAAUUUGACAAAAAAUAUACAACAAUGAUAGCGUACUCGUGUCUUGUAUAAAAUGCUAUUUCGGCACAGUGUCUUAUACACAUGUCGCGCGUUAAUUUUUUUUUAUAAAUUUCUAUGCAAAUUGCAGUCUCGAACUAAUAUAACCAUAGUAUAAUUUUUUCUAUUUAUUUCGCAAAAUAUAUACAAUAUUCAUGUACAAUAUAUAUUAUGAAUGUAUCAUAGCGAGCGUUCAACAAUAAUCUGUCGCAGCAUGUUUUUAUAAAAAUCUUAACAAACAACAUUGUUACAUCAUUUAAAUUCAAGCGGAUAAUCAGUAUCAUCAUAUAUAUUGUCAUUAUCAUGUAUCUUCAUCAUAUAUUAUAUAUUUCAUUUCUUAUUAAUAUAACUUGGCAAGGAAUUUAGAAAAGGA